GCAGCCGCAAAUUCAGCCGCGCGUAGUCGCGUUCCCUCUGCCUCGAUUCGGAGCCCAAGAACUGUUCAGCAGCAUCAAACGGUUCGAUUCUCCUCACGGCAGGCAUAAUCCAGCAUGGGUAUUCCCGCAGCCUUCCGAUGGCUAUCCAACAAAUAUCCCAAGAUUAUUUCUCCCGUGAUUGAGCAGACGCCAAUCACCACUGAAGAUGGCAUCACCAUUCCCGUUGACACCACUCAACCAAAUCCCAAUGGAGAAGAGCUCGACAACUUGUACCUGGACAUGAAUGGAAUUGUCCACCCAUGCUCUCAUCCAGAGGAUAGGCCUGCGCCAGCCGAUGAAGAGGAGAUGAUGCUUGAAGUUUUCAGAUACACGGAUCGUGUCGUGAACAUGGUUCGUCCUCGGAAAAUCCUCAUGAUUGCUGUUGAUGGAGUUGCACCAAGAGCGAAGAUGAACCAGCAACGAUCUCGACGAUUUCGGUCAGCUCGGGAAGCCCAGGAAAAGGAAGAAGAUAAGAAGGCGCUAAUCGAGCUGCUAAAACGUCAAAAUGGCGGUUCUUUCCCAGCUGCCGACACGGAAACCGUUGUCAAGAAGGCUUUCGAUUCCAACUCCAUUACUCCAGGCACUCCGUUCAUGGACAUCUUGGCCCUGUGUCUGCGAUAUUGGUGCCAGUACAAAUUGAACACGGAUCCCGCUUGGGCUAAGCUCAAGAUCAUCAUAUCUGAUGCUACGGUCCCAGGUGAAGGUGAACAUAAAAUCAUGUCCUUCAUCCGAUCUCAACGCACCUCUCCUAAUUACGACCCUAAUACUCGUCAUGUCAUCUAUGGCUUGGAUGCCGAUCUCAUCAUGCUAGGGCUUGCCACCCAUGAACCUCACUUCCGAGUUUUACGUGAAGAUGUAUUUUUCAAUGAAGGCAAAAACAGGACAUGCAAGCUUUGUGGCCAAAAGGGACACGAGGCAAAUAAUUGCCGUGGAACUGCAAAGGCCGUUGAGGAUGCUGACACUGAAAAAAGCAAGGACAGCUUAACUCCUGUCUUGAAGCCUUUUAUUUGGCUCCAUGUUUCUGUCCUUAGAGAGUAUCUCGCGGCUGAGCUGUCUAUUCCAGACCUGCCCUUCAGAUUUGAUCUAGAACGGGCGAUUGACGACUGGAUUUUCAUGUGCUGCUUCGUUGGCAACGACUUUCUGCCUCACUUGCCUGCUCUGGAAAUCCGCGAGCAUGGAAUCGACACCUUGACCACGAUUUGGAGAACCAAUCUACCAUCCAUGGGUGGCUAUGUCACUAAAGAUGGUCACAUCGAUUUGGAGAGAGCGCAAGUCAUACUUGACGGCCUUGCGAAUCAGGAGAGUGCAAUUUUCAAGCGAAGAAAAGAACAAGAAGAUCGUCGAGAGGCUAAUGCCAAAAGAAGGAAGCUUCAAAAUGAAGGCUAUUCGAGGAACGGGCAGCACGGCUCUGGUCCCAAGCAAAAUGGGCAUGCAGACCCAACCAAAGGAUUGCAACUAUUCCCUAUUGCGACACAGCCCACAAACUUGCUAGCAAAUAUCACCCACGAUAUGGUUGUCAGCCGCGGUGCUGCCCAAGAUGUGACGUUGGCCAACAAGGGUGCGGCUAGUGUCAUGCGAGACCGGCUGCGAGCAGACACUAGCAAGGACAAUGUUGAUAAAGACAACGUUAACAAAGACAAUGUUGACAAAGAUGAGACGGCGUCCGGCACAGCGGCAGAUAUUACCCAACCACUACCUUCGGCUCUUGGGAAAAGGAAGGCUGCAGAGCUUGAUGACACUGCCAACUCCUCUUCAGCAGAGUCAUCUAAACCUCAACCUCAGGUAUCCCAGGAGAUUGAACCUAUCGAUAACGUUCGUUUGUGGGAAGACGGAUACGAAGAUCGCUACUACCAGCAGAAGUUCCAUAAGGAUCCACAAGAUAUUGAAUUCCGUCACAAGGUGGCCGAGGCGUACGUGGAAGGCUUGGCCUGGGUAUUGUUAUACUACUUUCAGGGAUGCCCGUCUUGGGAGUGGUAUUAUCCUUACCAUUACGCCCCCUUUGCCGCUGAUUUCAAGAACCUCAGCAAAAUGGAUAUUCGCUUCGAAAAGGGGCGAAUUUCCAGACCUUUUGAACAGCUCAUGAGCGUCUUACCAGCGGCAUCUCGUCAUGCUCUCCCCACAGUGUUCCAUGAUCUAAUGUUGAAUAAAGACAGCGAGAUUAUUGACUUCUAUCCCGAAGAUUUCGAAGUUGAUCUAAAUGGAAAGAAGAUGGCCUGGCAAGGAGUGGCUCUACUUCCAUUUAUCGACAUGUCACGACUCCUCAAGGCGGUUCAAGGCAAGUAUCCUCUAUUAAGCCCUGAAGAUGUUGCGCGAAACACAGUAGGAAGGGAAGUUCUGUUGCUAUCCGACAACCACGAGGGCCUUUACGACGAUAUCUUAACCACUUUCUAUUCCAAGAAGCAAGAUCGAUCAAAGUUUAGUAUCAAUACAGAACACAGCAAUGGCCUUGCUGGGGAAAUUGAGAAACAAGAGGACAAGGUUCCCCAUGGGGCCUUGAGCUAUCCUCUCGAGCGACGAUCCAUGCCAGAUCUAGAUUACGACCAUUCCAUCAGCGUUUACUAUGACAUGCCCCAGGUAUCGCAGACUCACAAAUCGAUGCUCCUACGCGGAGUGCGAAUGCCGCCGCCAGCUUUGACUAGGAGUGAUAUUGAGGUAAUUCGAGGCAAAACCAACAACCGAGGAGGUCGCAACUAUGGAGGACCCCCACAGCACUACGGCAAUAACAAUGGUGGCUGGUACAGGGGUGGCUAUUCCGGUGGCUAUAGGGACACUCGAGACUCUUAUAACGGACACAAUAGGGACAACCAACGCUUCGAGCCGCAGUAUAAUGCGCCUUAUGGUAUGCCGCAACCUGGGAGAUGGCAGCCUUCAGGCGGGCCAUCGUUUGACCCGAGAGCAGGUCCGCCACCAGGUACAUAUGCCCAACCCCAGCAAGGCUGGUCCGACAAUAGGAACGACUACAACCGCCAAGGGAACGACUACAACCGUCAAGGGAACGACUACAAUCGCCAAGGGAACGACUACAAUCGCCAAGGGAACGACUAUAACCGCCAAGGAGGGCGCGGAGGGAACUAUGGAAACCGGCCUCAUUACGGUGGUGGUCAACGGCGCGGACGUGACUAUGCGUAACUGAUAUAACUCGCCAUCCUGUGCGUAUGUGAGGUAAUUCGUCCUUCCCGAAACGCACAUAUAUGCUGUAGGAGUGUUUUAUCAAAGGGCAAUGCUAUGCUGCCCAGCAAAUCAUGGACGCCAGAGAGUCAUCUUGCUCGUACGUAAACAAAAUAUAUCAAUGCUAAUUCCGUCUUUAUUACUUUAAUUUCAACCAAGGCCGC